AUGGCCACGAGCCUGUUGGUUUUAGUGGUGGUAUUGCCGCUGACGUUAGCGGGUACCAUUACCGAUAGUUAUGGAAAUGAAGCUUACGAUAAUGGCACGAUCUCCUGGGGCUCCGUUCCGUCGGGAAUUCCAUACAAAACGACGAAUAAUUAUGACGAGGGAUCGUUGAAAUAUCUCUUCGCUUUCGUUCGUGGAUUUAUUAAUACCAUACAACCAAAUGCAUUUCCGUUUACAUUAAUCAAACAGGUUCUAGAUGGAAGUUUCGACAUUUCUUCUCAGUAUAUGGAGUUGGUUAACUACGCCAUGGGCUUUGGGAUCUGCUUCGUGAUUGGCCUGCUAUUCAUGAUUUUUCUGCCGCUGUGUGGCUGCUGUUUUUGUUGUUGUCGUUGCUGUGGAAACUGUGGAGGAAACAGCAAGCAGGUCUACGAGGAGAAUGGCGACUGUAAGAGAAUGGGACUUGCGCAGGCGUUGUUUCUGUUGUCUAUUGUAAUGGGUGCCUCGGCAGUUUGUGUGUAUAUGACGAACGGACGCUUUACAGUAGCACUUACUUACGCCGAUACCAGCAUAGCUGAUAACCUUGAUGACAUCAUGUCUUACGUCAACAACACCGGAAUGCAAUUCAAAUACGUAGCUGUCGACAUGUAUACGAUUGUAGCCUCUGCGCUUCUUCGUGAUAUCUCGGGCAUAGGAAGUGUAUUGACGAGCGCCAUCUUUAGUGUUCUGGAUAUAGACCCCGUCAUCAACGCUGUAAUUUCAUUGGAUCAGUCUUUGUUAAGCAUAAAGACAGCCCUAGAUCAGGUGAUCAUAGACCAGAAUAUCCUGACGACUGCAGCCAAUAAUCUGACCUCCAGCCUGAGUUCCCUGAAGAGUGACAUCGAUGCCACGAAGUCUUUAUGUAGCGCUAGCUGUACCCCAAGCACAGCGUGUGAUAGCUUUGACACAUCGCCAUUAUCCAUGACUAUCGACUUCUCGUCCCUACCAGACCUGACAUCAACACAGACAUCCAUUGACAACGUUAUGUCCCAGAAUCUUACCGGCUUAGCUUUAACGGCUAAAGCAAGUUUAGAUAAUAUGGAAAGUACGAUAAAUUCUUCAACAUCCAGUAUUCAGUCAUCCCUACAAUCCACCAUGGACUCGUUUAAGUCAACGUUGAAUACAAUGGUGGACAAUCUCUUGAAUCAAAUAUCCGGGGCCUUUGACACCGCCUCUCUCAAAGCAGACGCCAAAAGCUUUUUCGACACCACUAUUACUUAUGAUGUUUACAGACAAUAUUUUGGUUACGGUCUCAUGGGACUGUUUUCUUUGAUUCCCGUCUUCAAUAUCCUGGGAAUAUUAUGUGGAUGCUGCUGUGGAGGAAGUGACGUCAAACCUACAAAUCGAAGUUGCUGUUCAAGUUGUGGUGGAUGUUUAAUGAUGCUGACUGUUGCGAUUAUGUUCAUGAUCGGUGCCAUUCUGAUGCUUUUAACUACAUUGACUUUUAUGAUUGGAGUGAACUUUGAGAAGAUCUGUCAAACGUUCUUGGAUUUGACCAUAUUCAAAGAUUUUAUCGACUCGGGAGCGAUAGCAUCAUUCUCUCUGGGCUCCAUGUUACUAGGGGAUCCAAAUGCUAAUAUAAGCAUUUACAAUCUUCUACUAGGUUGCAGACAGAACAAAGCUCCAUUUGAGCUACUUUCUCUAAACACACUGGUCCCCAUUGACAACUACUUGAAUUACAGUCAGUACAUUGGCGACAUUGAUACCCAGAUAAACGGCAUAUCUACCAGCAUCGAUCUUAGUAGUUUUCAAGUUCUAACACCAAGUAUGGAGAGCAGCUUGAACGACUUUAAGAAUUCUGGAAUUAGCAGUAUCAACUUCACCUCCAUCAAUGAAACGUUGAACCAAAGCUUAGGUUCUAUUGAUUUCAACGCAAUGAUAUCGGCAAUGCAGACUAUCAAAAGCCUCUGCACUGGAGCCGCCCAAGCAGGUUGGACUCAGCAUAUAGCGGACAUGGAGACAAUUCGGGAUUCAACAUUUCCAGCGGUUGAAACGGCAAAGACAAAUUUACAAGCGUCCAUAGGAACCCUCGAAGCUGCAUUAAGUGGAGUGACGACCAAAAUAGACGAUGUUUUGACAACAGCUAAAAACGCCGAUGACCAACUUCAAAAUAACGUAACAAGCGUCUUAUCAACGGUGGCCCUGACAUAUAAAAAUCAAAUUUUGGGAUAUAUUGACUCGUACAUUGCAAGAACUAGAUAUUUGAUUUACAAUGAGCUGGCCGCUUGUAUACCACUAUGGAAUCUAUAUGAUUCGUUUACAACGACGUUUUGCAAAUACACCAUGGAUGCAUUAAACGGUUUUUGGUUUGGGACCGGUUGGGCUUUACUAUUUUUUGUCCCUGUUAUCGUUGUCGCAGUCAAACUUUCCAGACAUUAUCGUAAAAUGGAUGAGUGUGAAGGAUAUGGCGACGAUGAGGACGAUGAAGAUGACUACGAUGAUUACGGACGCAUGGUGAAACCAAAUCCUGAUCCACCACGUUAUCAAUACCACCAGUCGAUUGAUUUUUAAAGAUGAUAGUAAUGAAUGUAUAAACGGCAGCGCGCAAUGCACAAACUGAAGAGGAAUGGAGAAGGGAAAACAAUAACAAAAAGGGGGAAAUUAUCAAGUUUUUUACAGUGUUUUCCAGUUUUUAUUUAUUUAUUCAUUCUUUAUUUUUUAUUUAUUUAUUUUAAUUUUAAUAGUGUUUUAACAUUGUAAAAUAAAAGUAGAAAUGUGUGUAAAACUAAUGAAACUGAUAAAGUCCAAGGGGUUAUUCAAUCAGGGUAUAACAUUACACACAGUGCUGUCAACACUGUCAUAUUCACGUAUUUUAUAUUUUGUUUACUUGUGCAACUUUUAAAAAUUGCAUCGUGUUAUGCAUGUAAACAACAAUGUGAUUUGAAAUAUAUUCCUAUAAAAGAAUAUAAUAAAACAAAAAACCAACCAAAAAACACAAACAAACAAAAAACAAACAAGUAUUUACGUUGAUGAUAGUUUCGCAAAGAGAAAAUUGAAAUGAAAAACCGCGAUUCUUGAUUUCGGAAUAUUCUACUUUUGACUUGUAUUCAUAAGUACAAAACCAAUUUUUUGUUCCCUGAUUAAUGUCAAGAACCGAAAUUCAUUUAAUCAUUGUUUUCAACCCUCCAAACAAAUCACAUGGUAGUGAUGAUUAAUACCAAAAAUGGCAUACACUAUAAUUCAUUUAUCAUUAUAUGUGUAAGGAUUAUUCGUUGUGUAUUCUAUGGUUUUUCUUUUAAUUAUCAAUUGUAAAUUUUAGUAUGUUGUACAGCGCUUUAGAGUAUUUUUAGAUAAGGCGCUAUAUAAGUGUAUUUUUUUUAUUAUUAUUAUAUUAUUUAUCAUAUUUUGUGUUGUCAUGAUGCAAUUAUCAUAUGAUGUGUUGUUAAAAUGCAUUUAUCAUAUUUACUAAUAUUGUUUGUAAUUUCCCAAGACAAACGGCAAAAUUUAUCUAUAAUUCUUAUAACAUCAGACAAAAAUACUUAAGGAAAGCCACAUAAUUAAAUCAUCUAUGAUAGUAAUAUACAUCCAAAUGACUGCACAUGCGCAGACAUCGUUGAAUAUGUUAAAUUGCUUAAAGAGACAUACAGGACCGUUUGGCUGGGUGUAAAAUUAUAUCAACAUGUACAUGUAUCUUACUGAAAUACAAAAGUUGUAUUACACGUCACCAUAACAAAAGACAUACGUACAUAUAAGGUGUUGUUCAGGACAUGCAUUAGAUAUCACUUUAGCUGGUGGUGAUAGUAUAGUUUUUUUUUUGGUUUAAUAAGAAGAGUAAACUAGUAUUGAGAGUGAAUACGACUAUCUUCUUAACAUCAUAUCGUAACGAGAGUGAAACCAGCGAUAAACUGAGAGGUUGUGCAUUAUUAAAUGAAAGGCAUAGGCAUAUC